AUGUCCCGAGCCGCCUGGAAGCUUCUUCAGCCGGACUGGAGCCGCUGGGGAAACAUUACAAUCCAUGAACCCAUCUGCCGCUUUCCCCAAGGCCGCGGGUCUCCCCGCGCGCCUGCUGCGGGCACCGUCAACCUGCUCCAAACAGACAGCAACAAGCCAACGGUGUGCUCCGUAAAUUCGAAGCGUGGAUAUCAUGCGACAGCAGUGAAGUCUCCCGCUCGGCGACUUCGGGAGAAUGUUCACAAGAGGAAGGAUUUUGCCGUGCCAUCGGCCAGAGUGUUUCAUACAACCGCACCUCUCGCCGCAAUUCCCGAUCCCUAUAAGGUUCUUGGAGUCGACAAAGGAGCCUCUGCGAGUGAUAUCAAGAAGGCGUAUUACGGCAUGGCCAAGAAGUACCACCCUGACACAAACAAGGAUGCAAAUGCCAAGGAGAAAUUCGCCGAGGCUCAGUCCGCUUAUGAACUACUAUCCGACGCAAAGAAACGUGAGAAUUACGAUAGGUUCGGCUCCGCAGCCUUUGACCAAAACGGCGGAUUUGACCCCAACGCUGGUGGGAAUCCCUUCGCUGGUGCCGGAGGCUUCGGCGGAUUUGGUGGUGGAUUCGCAGGUGGUCCUUUUGGGGGUGGCUUUGCGCAAGACAUCAACUUUGAAGACCUAUUCGGCGCAUUUGCAGGAGGCGCACGCCGAGGGGCUCGGGGAAGACGGAAUCCUUUCCAAGAGCAAAUUCUGGUCGGCGAGGAUAUUGAGGUUCAAAAUAACAUCUCAUUCAUGGAAGCGGCAAAGGGGACGUCUGCAGAGAUCAAAAUCACUCCGCUCACUCAAUGUGGUACCUGCAAGGGUGACGGACUGAAGUCGGGGGCGAAGCGAUCUCAAUGCAAACAAUGCAAUGGGUCUGGAACUCGUGUCCACUUCAUGCAGGGUGGCUUCCAGGUGGCCGCGACCUGCGAUGCGUGUGGGGGUAUUGGGAUGAUUGUUCCUCGCGGCUCCGAGUGUGGCUCUUGUCACGGAAACGGAGUCGUUCGGGAGACCAAGACCAUCAAGGUUGACAUCCCUGCGGGAGUGGAAGAUGGUAUGCGCAUGAGAGUCAGCGGGGAGGGCGAUGCGCCACCCACAGGAACGUCUGCAGCUGCUGGCGCUCGCACCCAAAAGGGCGAUCUCUAUGUCACGAUUCGCGUUGCGCCCGACCACCGUUUCAGCCGCAACGGAUCUGAUAUUCUCUAUACCGCAACUCUUCCCCUCACCACGGCACUUCUUGGGGGUGAAGUGACGAUUCCUACCCUCGACAAUGAAGUGAAGGUCAAAGUCGCCACCGGUACCGGUACCGGUGAUAGAAUUACGUUGUCGGGUAUGGGCAUGAAGAAAUUGGGAGGCCGUGGCGGACGUUUCAGUCCUUCCGGCGACCUGAAAGUCGAAUUCAAGGUUGCCAUGCCGAAGUAUCUGACUGGCAACCAACGCACCAUUUUGGAAGUGCUCGCUGAUGAGAUGGGCGACAAGACCGCCAAACGGACUAUGAAUUUCAGCAAGGAAAGCCCUCCCUCGUCCUCGGAGUCUGCCACCAACGAGCACAAGAAUGAAGGCUUCCUCAAAUCAGUGUGGCACAAAUUGACGGACAAGACCUCUGAUUCCCCCAAGUCUUCGGGCUCUGACGCCAAGGACGCUGGCAAGGAUGCGGCCGGUAAGGGCGACUCGAAGAAGCCAAACUAA